AAUGGUGACAUUACUAUUUUUCUGUCGUCCACCAUUAUUAUAUGGCUUGGCUAAAAGUUAAAAGAAUUUAAAAUUUGAUUAUGUGAAAUAAUUCACCUUAUAAUAUUUUGUAAUAUCCCACAAGAUUGGUCCAAUACCGGAGUCGUUUUUUUCAGGAAGAGGUUUAACCAAACAUUGAAUAAAAGCCGGGAUUUUCAAUAUCAUAGGCGUUCUAGACAUUCCAGGAAUACGUAUUUAUAUCUUUCAUGCUGGGAAGAUUUGAUCUGAAAAUGACAAAUUUAAUUCCUCCUACUUGGGAGUAGGUAGUGUUUCAUAAGAAGUGCUUUCUGAUUACAAACCAUGGAGGAACUCAGUACUGAGAAGUUGCAUACUGUUGAUCAGGCAGGAACUGAUUUUCCUAUUGAUAUAAGUUUGAAUACAGGGAAGUCAGGAAGUGAAGGUCUACCUGAGACCAAUGAAAUUGAAACAGCAGAAGAAGCAAAUUCCAUACAAUGUGAUCCAGGUGUAUCUGAUAACUCUGAAGCUAUUGUUGAAACUGGCCAGUUCCAAAAUGAAGCAGAGGCAAGUACUACACAGAGUUUUGAAGCUAUUUCAGAACCAAUUGUAAAUUCAGAUUUGAAAAAACUGAUAGAAGUUUCUGGAGAUGAUGUUAUCCAGGCAAAUUCAUUAGAAGAAGUUGUUUCAAAACAUGUGGAGGAUUCAGUAGAGGAAACUAUGGACUGGGAUGAAACUGCUCCUGAAAGUAUUGCUCCUACUACUUCUCCAUUGCUUGAAGACAUUCCAGAAGAAAGUCCUGCUCUUGUUCAUAACAUAUCUGAUAGUCAACAGGGCUCUGUGAGAAUACAAGAUAGUGAGCCAAGUAAAGAGCUUUUGGUAAGUGAAAAGAAUUCUGAUAUUUUACAUGACAGAACAAAAGAUAUUGAAGAAUCAAUAGCAGUUUCAUCAGAAGAUUGCACUAACACUGUGAUGGAAGUACAACAGGAGGGUGAACCUGCUAAUGUGGAUUUCACAGAAAGUUUAUCAGAAAUACCAAGUGAUAGUUUUCCUGAAAUAGAGGCAUUAGUUGGGAAAACAGUUGGUGACAAUGCUGAAGCAAAUGUAGAAGCAGAACUUGCACAAGGUGAUAAAGUAAAGGAGGAUAAAAUUAAUGAAGUAGGUGUACAACCAGAAAAUGAUGAAUUACCUGAACUACAGGAAAAAAGCAACAAAAAUUCUGAUGGAAGUGAUACUGCUGGAGAUAUUAGUGAAAAAUGUGAUGAAAAUAUUACUGUUGAAGGAAACAUUGAUAAAUCUGAUGAAACUUCAACUUCCAAAGACACUUUAACUACAGAAUCCCUCAAUGAAAAGCAUAACAAGGUAGAUGCUCCUAUGGACACAACAGAACCAAAAAAUCCUGAUGAGAACUGUGAUCUCAACAAAGAGAAACCCAAGGAAAUGGUUUCAAAUGUAGAAAAAGAUAAACCAAGUGAAAGUGCUAGAGAGAACACAGAGUUUGUACAAGUCAAUAGUGAUAAUGAAAAGGAAUCUGAAACUGAUAAAGAAGAGGAGUCUAAUACACGUAGAAUCAUGGAACAUGAUCCUAUUGCUUCUGAUGCAUUUGAAAACCUGAAUAAUGAUGAUAGGGAAGGUGCAGAUGAAGAAUUGUGUAUUAUUCCUGAUACAGAAAGAGAAAUAUCCCAGGCUGAGCGUGAAGCAGCCUCAUCAAUUCCACCUCUUAGAGAUCUCACUGAAGCCAGUGCUUCUUCCCAAACUGAGAGCAUCUCAGAAUCCAAUGCAACAGGACUGUUUAUAGGCAAGCCAAGUGUUGUUUUCAAAUAUGACAAAGAAGAUUUGCAGUUAUGUAAUGUGUGCAAAUUGCGACGGAAAGUACUAUAUAAUUAUACGGCUAGUGAAGGGGAUACCAAGUAUCUUUGCAGUGACAGUUGUUUGACAACUUUCAAGACCUCUCACGCAGGCAAAGUUGUGUUGAAUUGGGAAGAGGGCAGCCUAAGGGUGAAAGACUUUUCUGGAGUCCCAGUUGAGCCCCCAUCUCUUUCAUUCAUAAGAAAGUGUGCAUCUUGUAAAAAAGUCACUAACGACAUCGAAAAUAAUUUGACUUGGGAGAUAAUGGACUUCUGCAAUGAAUUUUGUCUCACUAAGUACCAGAAAGAAAUCGGGUCUCACUGCUCUAGCUGUCAGAACGAGGUGAAAUCUAAUUCCCUGGGCAAGUACUGUGUGAGAUUCGGCAAUGAUAUUCGACAGUUCUGCACCAGCGUGUGCCUGGAGAAAUACAAAAAAGGUCUAAAAGUAUGCUCGUACUGUCAACAGGAUAUGUCUGGAGGCCCGGCAAGCUUCAUAGCUCGCGUUGGUCGCCAGUUCAAGGAUUUUUGCUCGAAACUCUGCAUGGAGAAGUACGAUAUCAUGACGAAUGACCGUCCCCCGCAAGUUGCCAGAGGCACUACAUGUUCUGUCUGCUUAGCGGAAAAGCCGAUAACCAUCGAGUUCGAAUUCGACGGAAGUCCGAAUUACUUUUGCAAUGAGCCUUGCUUCGUUGCUUUCAGCUUCGUCAAAAAUAUACAACCAGGAAAAUGUGCGAUGUGCCGCGGGCAUUUCCCGAAAAGCACUCUGGAAGAGCACACCAUGUACUAUGAUAAUGUUCAACACAGUUUCUGUUCCAAUAGCUGCGAAAACAUCUACAUAAUCGCGCAUCGAAAAAUAGUACCUUGCAGCUGGUGCAAAGUCAAGAAAUACAAUUUCGACAUGAUAAGGAGAUACUCGAAAUCCGGACCUAUGAUCAACAUGUGCAGUGUCAACUGUCUCAGCCUCUACAGAGUGUCCAUUGAGACGAUAAAUACCCGGCCAACUUGCUGCAACUUUUGUCAGAAAAUGUCUCACCCCAUGUAUCAUUUGACCAUGUCGGAUGCCACGAUAAGGAACUUUUGCUCCUACAACUGCGUCAUGAGUUUUCAGAAUCAAUUCCCAAAGCAACCCAUCGCUAUUAGCUCCGAAGAUUCGGCUUUUCCCGUGCCAACAGGGCUCCCGAAGAAAAACAAGACAUAUCCUGGACAAGAUCAGUCGGGGACUCUGACAGAUGUAGCUCAGCUACCGAUAAUAUCCAGUGUCCAGAGUCUGGCGAGCACCAACGGUAACCUGGCUGCUACUCCUCCUCCACCUUUACCACCUCCCACUCUCACCCCUAUAAACACCCGUUCCACCAGAUCGAAAACGGCUAGUACCCCCCAAGUGUUGAACUCGUCACCGCAAGUCAUCAACUCGUUUUCGGAACUGCCUUUCCAAGUGCAAAUCAAGCAACAUUUCAUCGUCAGACCAGCACCGAUGCCAGACCAAAGAAAUGUAGGAACAAUGUGCUCCACCCGGAAGAUGAACAAAUCCACUAUGAUGAAACCCAUUAUGGUCGAUCAAGAAGUUCAGACAGACGAAAGAGAAGAGAAGAAGAUUCUCAUUCCUGUUCCAGUACCCAUCUACGUACCUACACCCAUGCACAUGUUCAGUGUUCCUACACCUGCUCCCUUCCCAGUGCCGAUAGCUAUCCCUAUUCCCAUUUUUAUACCUACUACCAGAAACUCGGCUGCUGGCAUCAUGAAAGAAAUCAAGAAAAUCCAAGUGAAAAUUCCGACGGACCCGUACGAGGCGGAGCUACUGAUGAUGGCCGAAAUGGUGGCGGAAGAGAAAAAAGAGGACCUCACCGAUUCCGAAAGUGACGUGGACGAUACAGGCGGGCCGGAGGACAGCUACAGCCCCGAGCCCGUCGACACCAGCAAUUUCGGCGACGACAUGCUCCAGAUGGCACUGAAAAUGGCUACCGAGUUGGACGAGCCCGCUGUGGAUUUGGAGGGAGCGCUCACUGCGAAUACGAUCACAGGUACAGCCGCCCAGGGGGGCGAGCCGCAUUCGCAGCAGGACGAGACCGUCGACGACCCGCAGCCGAUGCACCCGCACCAGAUGCUCGACAGCAGGAGCCCGUCGGUGCGCGGCAGGAAGCGCGGGCUGCGGCAGCCGCGCGGCGGCGCGAAACGCGGCAGGCGCAUGUCCCAUCAGCAGGUCGACCUGCCGAUGAUGCAGCACCAUCAGGCGCAGCAGGCGCAGCCGCCGCCUGAGCCGACAGAGAAGCCCGACGCGAAUAUGUGUCUCAAGUAUACUUUCGGUGUGAACGCUUGGAAACAAUGGGUAACAACCAAGAAUACCGAACUGGAAAAGUCUUCCCGGCGAGUGAAGCUCUUCAAGACGGAAAUUCUGCAGCUCACCUCGGACGAGCUGAACUAUUCGCUGUGUCUGUUCGUGAAGGAAGUCAGGAAGCCGAACGGCGCCGAAUACGCGCCGGACACCAUCUACUAUCUCUGCUUGGGCAUCCAGCAGUACUUGUUCGAGAACGGCCGUAUCGACAACAUCUUCUGUGAUCCCUACUACGAGAAGUUCACCGAUUGCUUGGACGAGGUGGCCAAGAAGUUCUCUGUUCUCUACAACGAUUCUCACUAUAUUGUUACCAGGGUCGAGGAGGAACAUUUGUGGGAGAGCAAGCAGUUGGGAGCGCAUUCUCCGCACGUCCUGCUCAGUACCUUGAUGUUUUUCAACACGAAGCAUUUCAAUUUGACGUGUGUUGAUGAGCAUAUGCAGCUGUCGUUUUCGCAUAUCAUGAAACACUGGAAACGCAACCCCAACCAAGCUGGAGCAUCCAAGGUGCUCGGAUCUAGGAACGUUUUGUUGAGGUUCUAUCCACCCCAAAGUGCAAUACAGAAUAAUUCCAGGAAAAAGAAAGUUUAUGAGCAGCAAGAGAAUGAGGAAAAUCCGCUGAGGUGUCCUGUUAAGCUGUACGAAUUUUAUUUGUCCAAAUGUCCUGAGAGUGUGAAGACAAGAAAUGAUGUUUUCUACUUGCAACCAGAACGUUCUUGUGUACCCGACAGUCCUGUUUGGUAUUCCACCAUGCCUUUACCAAAAGAAGCCCUGGAGAAGAUGCUUCAUCGAGUGAAGAUGGUGAAAGAAAUCAAUGUCGCUCUUCUUACAAGUUAAAUGUCUUGCUCCUUUAUUUUUUAUGUGUAUGUAAUGAAUAUACUGAUGUUGGAUUACUGUUAGGUUUCACUUUUUUAGAUUGUUCAUUAUAAAUAUAGAUAGGUAGAGUGAAAUAUUUCAGGCAUAAUGAGGCCUACUAUAAUUUAGCAUUGGUAUAUGUUUGUGUAUUUUAUUUGGAGUUGAUCUUCAGGGUAUUCGCUAUCCUAAUUUGUGGACAUCAUCUCAUAAAUUUCUUUUGUAUGUUUCUUAUCCUCUUGAGGAACCUUACAGGUUGUAUAGAUUUUUAUUCACCUUGUGUCACUACUUUUUUGCCAUUAUUGAAAUAAGUACCUACAUAUACUUAGUACCUAUUUUUAUAAACGUGAAAAUUUACAUUUUAUAAACUCUCUUGGACCUUGAGAGUUUCCAGAUGGUUGGAUGAGUUGAUAUGAAAUUUUCUUUAUAGUAGGGGACUUUCUUGACUGAAAAUCUGAAGAGCAAAUCUACUGUUCAUUCAUAUUGCAGUUUUGAAAUUUGAAAAAAAUGUUUAACUCCCUUAAAAAUAGUUAUCAUGAGAUACAAAUAUGUACUAAUUAUUUUGAGCCUUGGAAAUUCAAUUGUCUCAUAAGAUAACUUUAGUUAUCAAGAUAUUUUUAACACACAUGCUGCUCUUAUUAUUUGACUGUUCAUACUGUUGAGGAUAUUUGGAUUUAUAAUUAUUAGGACUUUGUAAUAUUUGUAAAAACAACCGUUUAUAUUGCUAAAGGUUUCAUUAUAUCUUUUCAUUU